AUGGGACUCUUACAUGCAUUCUACGAGCGCCUCAGCUCAUCCGAAGGACUCUCUGCCAUGGCCAUUAUGUCAGCUGCAGCUCUGCUGGGAAGUUAUGUCUACCUGCUGGCUUGUCCUGCUCAUAAUGAUAUUUACAAGUAUCCAUUGGUAAACGGCCGCAAGCCUUGGAGCUUGUUCGUCUCUAAGCAAAAGGCCAGGUUUGUGGCUGAUGCCAGAGGAAUCAUCGAGGAGGGUCUGAAAACUGCAGGCAAAGCCUUCCGCCUGCAGACUGAUGAUGGCAUUCAAGUCGUCCUUGCCGGAGAGUAUGCAGAGGGUCUUAAGAGUAACCCGGAUCUUAACUUUGGAAAGAUUAGCGCUGAGGAUUUUCAUGCACAUAUUCCUGGCUUUGAGCCCUUCAGACAAGGAUCUCUCAACGACGAGAUUUUCCAUGAUGCUGUUAGAGAAAACCUAACUCAUGCACUCAGUGGCCUGAAUCUGCCGCUGUCGCAUGAAGCAAGUGUCGCACUCGAGCAUCAUUGGACAGACAACUCUGAAUGGCACCAGGUACAGCUGAAGAAUUCCAUGCUCAAUAUCAUCUCUCAAUUGUCAUCACGCGUCUUCCUAGGCGAAGAGCUUUGCCGUAACCCCGACUGGCUGCGCGUCACCAUGAGCUACACUGUAGACGCCAUCACUGCUGGUCAAGAUCUACGAGUUUGGCCCAUGGCGCUGCGUUCUUUGGUUCAUUGGUUUAUCCCUAGUUGCCGCAAGCUACGAGAGGACCUGGCUGAGUGUCAGAAGCUUGUCAAUCCCGUGAUUCAGAAGCGCCGCGAAGAGAAGAAGAAUCGUGUACUGCAAGGCCUGGAGCCAAAGAAAUAUCUAGACGCCAUGGAGUGGAUGGAACAGGCUGCCAAAGGCCGGUCUUACGACCCCUCCAUCUCGCAAGUCAUGAUGGCCAUGGCUGCCAACUUUUCUGGAUCGGAUGCUUUGACCCAGGUCCUUUUUGACCUGUGCGACCAGCCAAAGCUUGUGCAGGAUAUGCGAGAGGAGAUCAUCUCUGUCAUGACAGAAAACCAGUGGAACAAGUCUACGAUCUACAAGCUUAGGCUUAUGGACAGUGUCCUGAAGGAGAGUCAGCGCAUCAAGCCCGCGGCAGUCGCACUUGUGCGGCGCUACGCCCUAAAAGACACUGUCUUGCCGGAUGGCGUCUUGAUGCCAAAGGGCUCUAAGCUCAUGGUUUCCGCUUCUAGCUCGUGGGAUGAGUCUAUCUACCCUGAACCCGAGAGAUUCGACGGUUACCGCUUUUUGCGUAUGCGUGAGAAGGGGGAUGAGGCUGGCGCCCAGUUUGUUUCAACAUCGUACAGCGCCCUUGGUUUUGGACACGGUAAACAGGCUUGUCCCGGACGGUUCUUUGCGGCGAAUGAGCUCAAAAUAGCGCUCAGUCACAUUUUGCUAAAGUAUGAUUUUAAAUUGCCGGCAGAUACGGCGCCCAAAUCGUCCACGUUUGGUUUGUUUUAUCAAGCGGAUGAAAAAGCAGGAUUGAUGAUCAAGCGAAGAGAGGCAGAAAUCGAGCUUUAA